AUGGACCUCCCCUCCCAGAUCCGCACAGCCCUGACAACAACCCACUCCCUCCCUCCCCCGUCCACAGCCUGGCUGCAGGCCCUCCUCUCCUCCCAGCGCCACCCGCCCCCUCCCCUGCCCACCCUCGUCGCCACCGCCCGCGCCCGCCUCCUGGCCGCAGACCUCACGACGCCAGGCCUGCUCGACCCCGCCGCCGCCGCUCCCAGCAGCUGCUUGCCGGCCGUCGCGCCCAGCGUCGCCGAGGCCCGCCUCCCGCGCGACGCCGUCGUGCAGGUCCUCGACGUCGAGAACCUCGCGCGCAGCCGCUGGGACCAGGUCGAGGAGCUCGAGGCCAUCGAGCGCGGCGAGCAGACCCGCGGCCGCGAGGUGGUCCGCCUGCCGCCGCCGGGGAGCGAGGAAGGCGAGGACGACGACCGGGGGGGCGCCGCGCCGACGCAGCAGCAGCAACCGCGCGGGCCAGCUGCUGCUGCUACUGCUGCUGCUGCCACCACCACCGGUGCAGGAAGCGCGGGUAAGCCCGCGGGCAAGAAUGCGACGCACAGGGUCGUGCUGCAGGACUGCAAGGGGCAGAAGGUGUUUGGCCUGGAGCUCAGGCGCCUCGAUCGUUUCGGCGUCGGGGAGACGGUCAUCGGGGAGAAGAUCGUGCUCAAGGCCGGCACGGUGGUAGCCAGGGGCGUUGUGCUGCUCGAGCCGGCGACCUGCAAGCUCUUGGGCGGCAAGGUCGAGGCGUGGCAGAAGAGCUGGGUCGAAGGGAGGCUUGCGCGGUUGCGUGAGGCCGUCGGUGCAGAUCGACGAUAG